AUGCAGCCCCUAACUGCAGCAACUAUUGAUGGAGAGGGUUGGCUUCAUACGGGAGAUAUUGGUUACGUAGAUGAUGAUGAUGAUGAUGAGAUUUUCAUUGUUGACAGGCUCAAGGAACUCAUCAAAUUUAAAGGCUUUCAAGUGCCGCCGGCAGAACUUGAAGGCCUUCUUGUGAGCCACCCUUCUAUUGUGGAUGCAGCUGUUAUCCCACAAAUGGAUGAUGCUGCUGGUGAAGUUCCAGUUGCUUUCGUGGUUAGCUUUGAUCUUACUGAAGAAGCUAUAAAGGAGUUUAUAGCUAAACAGGAAGUGUAUUACAAAAGACUACACAGAGUGUACUUUGUUCAUGCCAUUCCCAAGUCUCCAUCCGGAAAAAUAUUAAGAAAAGACCUCAAAGCAAAGCUGGCAAGCAUCACCCAGAUGGCCUAG